AUGCCAGGAAGCAAUUGCACCCAAGCAACUGAGUUCAGCUUGGCAGGAUUCCCUGAGGAACCUGCAACUCAGGUCACUCUCUUCCUGCUAUUCCUGCUCACCUUCCUUGUCACCAUCCUGGAGAACCUGGGGAUGAUCACCUUGAUCAGAGUCAGCCCCCUGCUCCACUCCCCCAUGUAUUAUUUCCUGGGCAACCUGGCUUUUGUGAACCUCUGCACUUCCAGCAUUAUCACCCCCAGGGUGCUGGUUGGGGUUUUGCUGGGGAAGAAGGGGAUGGCCUAUGCCUGGUGCAUGGCUCAGGUGUUCACCGUUGACCUGUUUCUGAUCACUGAGUGCUUCCUGCUGGCUACGAUGGCCUAUGACCGAUACGUGGCUGUUUGUCACCCCCUGCUUUACCCCCUUGUGAUGUCCCCAGAGCGCUCCUCCCGCCUGGUGACUGGAUCCUACCUGCUGGGGCUGGCCAACGGCGUGGGACAAGCCAUUGGCAUGUCCAGCUUGUUGUUCUGCGGCUCCAGCGCCAUCGAUCUGUUCUUCUGUGACAUCUCCCUGCUCAUCUCACUCUCCACCUCUGACACCACCCUCAGCCUCAUCAUCCUGAGGACUGCUUCGUGCUUGCUGGGUGUUCCCACCAUCCUGGUGGUCCUGGUGUCCUAUGUGGCCAUCAUCUCCACCAUCCUAAGCAUCAGCUCAGCCGAGGGCAAGCGCAAAGCCUUCUCCACCUGUGCCUCCCACCUCACCACUGUCAGCACCUUCUAUGGGGCGUUGAUUUUUGUGUACUUAAUCCCCAGGUCAGACUCCUCCAGGGGAGUAGAUAAAUGGGCUACUGUGUUCUACACCGUGGUGACCCCCAUGCUGAACCCCCUGAUCUACAGCCUGAGGAACCAGGAGGUGAAGGAGGCUUGGAAGAGACUCAGGAAAAUAAAAUGA